AUGGGGCCAAAGAAAGUACGUGCAAAGGAGAGUGGCGAAAAGAAGAAGAGAAUGCUGCCGAUAGAGAAGGGGGGAGCAGAAGACACGUUUAAGGCAAGUCGUUGGUGGUUCGAUAAUUUUAAGAAGAGAAGUGGCAUUCAUUCGGUGGUGAGGCAUGGUGAAGCUGCGAGUGCCGAUGUAAAGGGAGCUGAAAGGUACAUCGUCGAGUUCGCUGAGCUAUUGAGGAGGAAGGCUACAUCCCGCAACAAGUCUUUAACUGCGAUGAGACGGGAUUAUUUUGGAAAAAAAUGCCACGGAGGACAUACAUCACCGAAGAGGAGGACGAAGAUGCCAGGCCAUAAACCCAUGAAGGACCGUCUGACCCUUGCAUUGUGUGCAAAUGCUAGUGGUGACUGUAAAGUAAAGCCACUGCUAGUCUACCAUUCUGAAAAUCCUCGAGCGUUCAAGUCACACAAAAUUCUGAAAGAAAAAACUGCACGUAAUGUGGCGCGCGAAUGCAACAUGGGCAUGGGUUACGCGGCAGUUUUCUUUACAGAUUGGGUAAACCUCGUCUUCGGUCCUUCAGUGAAGGAAUAUCUUCAAAAGAAUAACCUCCCACUGAAAGCCUUAUUAAUUUUGGAUAAUGCUCCGGCCCACCCACCUGGUCUUCAAGAUGACAUUCUCGAGGAGUUCCAGUUUGUGAAAGUCCUCUACCUCCCACCCAACACGACUUCCAUCCUGCAACCAAUGGAUCAGCAGGUCAUUGCAAAUUUUAAAAAGCUUUCACAAAGCACUUGUUCCGCCGAUGCUUUGAGGUGA